AUGCUCUCCUACACCAAAUUCCUUAAGGAAAUUGCGCCAAAGAAAAGAAAGCUGGAAGACUAUGAGACUGUUGCUCUCACAGAGGAAUGUAGUGCCAUACUACAAAAUAAACUGCCACCAAAGCUGAAGGAUCCAGGAAGCUUCUCCAUACCUUGUCUCAUUGGUAAUAUGAAAAUAGACAAGGCCCUCUAUGAUCUUGGGACAAGUGUAAGUCUAAUGCCUCCAUCAAUAUGUCAAAAGCUGAAAGUCGGAGUAUUGAAACCCGCAAUAAUAUCACUACAAUUGGCUAAUCGAUUUGUUAAAUAUCCUAUGGGCAUCCUAGAAAACAUCCCUAUUAAGGUGGGCAAGUUCUUCAUUCCAGUUGACUUUGUUAUCUUGGAGAUGGAAGAGGAUGUCCAAAUCCCUAUCAUCUUAGGAAGACCUUUCUUGGCAACUGCCAGAGCUAUCAUAGAUGUUAAGAAUGGGUGA